AUGGCAAUUUCCAACCAAGACGAACUCAACAGUUAUCUAGCUGGAGUCAUUUCUCUCAUCGCAAAUUGUGCACUUCUCAUCGCCACGUCAAAAGUCAAAAUAUUCUCCGACUCUGUGCGAAAAAUGCAAUACUCCAAUUGUAUCACUCGCCUCAUUUUUAGCCUAAUAGUUGUGCUAACUUCACCUGUAAAAUUUAUAAAAAUCGUGCUCAACCACCAAAAAAGGAAUUUUUUUCAGACCCUUCAAUAUGUUUCAAAAUUCAAAUAUUUGUAUAUUGUGAAGGGUGGAAUACAACUUCCAUUUUUAUUCGGACAAUUUCUGCUGAUUCUAUUUUUGAUUUUUGUCGUGAUCUCUUGCUUAUACCCCACAAUUCAAUAUAUUCAAGUUGCACAGCUUUUAAAAUCGUGAGUCUUGAAGAAAAAAAAAAAGAAAAAAAUUGUGCGCCGGGUGGGGGUCGAACCCGGGGGCUGCAAAAGCGGCGCGUAAGCUAGGCAGGCGUACAUACCACUCGGCCAUGGUGCUCUUUUUUUCUUUUGUCGAAAAUUACGCAUAUAAAAACACUCAAAAUUUACAAUUAAUUUUAAAUCCAGAUCCGGAAUUUCACAAGAUCGAAUGGCUAUUAUCACAAAUUUAAUAAUUGUAUCAAUCGCAAUACCUACAGCUAUAUUAGUCACAAUUGGAUAUAUCCCUUCAGAUUAUGAUCUCAAAAUUUCCUUGAACAUUGUUUAUUAUAUUAAUGGUGAAGGUGAUGCCGCGUUUCUCAUCGCCCCAAUGAAUGUAAUCAAUACUUUUUUUUCAAUUUUAAAAUUCAAAGUUUCUUCAGGCAUAUAGCAUAACUUCUGGAGCAUAUAGAAUAGAUUUUUCCUCAUUGAUUUGCACAAUUUUCAUACUCACAGUUCUACUUCUUGCUGUUAUAAUAGUUAUCAUAAGUCGAUUUCAAAUUGAAUUUCUAAUGAAAGCAAAAUUACAAAGUGUUAACUCUUUGAAAGCUCAAAAACAAUUAAAUCGAGUUUUGCUGCUUCAAUUCGCUUUGCCAUUUUUAACAAUUCAUAUCCCUUUUUAUAUUUGCUUCAUUCUUCCAUUCAUCGAUUUGGAAAAUGCAACAAUGUCCAAUUAUUUACCAUUUUUAUUCUCCUGGUGUCCGGCAAUCAAUCCGAUUUUGAUCAUUUUUUCAGUUCGGGUAGGCUUUUUGAUUUUUCGACGAAAAAAAAACAUCGAAAUUAAUUCAGUCAAUCCGUGAUCGCUUCAAAUGGAAACAAAGUGGUUCAAUGAGCAAUUCGAGUACAAAUAAUCAUCAAGUUUUUCAAAUUCGACGGAAUACAAAUAUUGAGUGA